AUGUCUUACCGCAUCACCGAACCACACCCGACCGUGUCCAAGUACACAUACUCUGGUCGUGGCGGCGCCGGGAACACCUUCAAGGCUCCCAAGACAACUAAAGGGUCCAUCGCCCAAGGGCCCGCCUCUCACUUCGAGCAUGGCCUCCCAUCCACCAGCUCCAAGUUCAUCAGCGGCCGAGGAGGUGCAGGAAACGUCCACGACGGCUCUGAGCGCCCCGUUUUCUCCUUCGACGAGGAGCUCGAACGCCAAAACACCCGCGAGAACACGCCUGGUGCAUAUCAUGUGGGCCGAGGGGGCGCCGGAAACAGAACGAGCACCAUCCCAAACCCCUCACGCAAGUCCUCCAGCGACUCGGCCAGCUCGACGAACAGUGCGGCGAGCAGCCGCAGCAGCGGAUUCCUGCACCGUCUUAGCCAAACCUUUGAUCGCCGCUAA